GUUAAUUCUUCAGUGAAGUAAGUACCCCACUGAUACAGCACCCUAUUCAACGAUCGCGUUCAUCAAGCAUUACAUCAGUUAAGAGAAGGUGAUCCGUUUUGAUUUGUUCAGUGAUUAGCUAAGGGAAAGAAGAAGAAGAAAAAAAUGGCGACCAUGUCUCAGCUGCGUUACUCUCCGCUUUCCGGUCACUACCGCAGCACCACCGGUUCUCGUGAAUUUACGAAUUUAACCCCCAUAUUUGCCGAUAUUACUCUGCCCAACGCUAUUUCCCUCCCUUCUCUAAAAUGCAGUCGGAAGAUAUCAUCGACUCCCGAUUUUCAGAGCAAAUUUCACCUACCUUGUGCUAUUAGCGGCGGCGGUGGUGAUAUUGGUGCUGGACGGGGUAAUAGUGGCGGUGGAGAUGGCGGCAGCGGCGGCUGGAGCGAAGGAGGAGAUUCUGACGAAUCCAAAAAAAUAGAUGGAUUCGGUCCAAUUGGGGCUCUUCUCAGCGGAUGGAGAUCGAGGGUUGCUGCCGAUCCACAGUUCCCUUUCAAAGUUCUAAUGGAAGAGAUUGUGGGUGUUAGUUCUUGCGUUCUUGGUGACAUGGCAUCACGACCAAAUUUCGGACUCAACGAACUCGAUUUCGUCUUUUCAACUCUUGUAGUCGGUUCCAUUAUGAAUUUUGUCCUCAUGUAUCUCUUGGCUCCAACAAUGGCUUCCUCUGCCCAAACCCUACCUUCCAUCUUCGCCAAUUCUCCCACAAGCCACAUGUUUCAGCCCGGCCCAUAUACCUUGUUGGGUAGGGUCGGGACUUUCGUGUACAAAGGUGCCGUAUUUGCAGCCGUCGGAUUUGCAGCCGGACUUGUUGGGACCGCUCUUUCGAACGGGUUGAUUAAGAUGAGGAAAAAGAUGGACCCCAACUUCGAGACUCCCAAUAAACCCCCGCCCACAGUUUUGAAUGCUAUGACUUGGGCGAUUCACAUGGGCGUGAGCAGCAAUUUCAGAUACCAAACUUUGAACGGUGUCGAGUAUUUGCUGGCUAAGGGAUUCCCUCCGUUUCUUUUCAAGAGCUCGGUCGUGGUUUUGAGAUGCUUGAAUAAUAUUCUCGGAGGUGUGUCUUUCGUGGUUCUGGCUAGGUUGACUGGUUCGCAGAGUGUCGAGGCGCCAAAGGCGAUUGCUUUUGAUGAAGAAUCGGAUACGAAGCAGAAGCUGAUGAGUGAAGCUGAGGAGUUACAAGCUAGAGAGGCUACAUACAAGUGAUUAAUCCGUCUAUUUUGCAAGGCGAGCACUCUCUUUAUCCGCACCUAUGAUUUUAUGGUUUUUGCAUUAUGUGAAUGAUGACAUUUUCUUCUAAAUGUUCGUUUUCUUUUUUCAGUUAUCUUGUAGGCAUCGAUUUAGCUAUAGUCUUAUCUGCUUCGGUUUUCAUCUACUUUCGGAUACGUUUGUUUCAUAAUAACCAUGAUUGUCUAGUGCCGGUUGGUUUGGCUUUACUUUGCUCCGCCUUAAAUCAAAUGAUGUUUGGCAAA